CAGCACCCCCCUCCUCCCAGCCUCGGCCCCACCUUUUCCCCACGCCCACCCUAAUUCCCUCCCUCUACUCGCUUAUUGGAUUCGACCCUUGCCCAUCCCGCCCCCCGCUCUUCCCCCCCCCACUUCCUCCGCCUUCGAACGUACUUAGGGUCACAUCGGGGGGCUGACAGUCACUGCUGUCGGAGGGGUCUCUAAAGAGACAUCACCUUUACCACCGCCUCCCCCUCUACCUGGGCCUUCUCUACCACGGUCUUUUCCCAGCCCCACCCAACCGGCUGCUUCUGAGACGCUCCUGCGCUCGCUCGCUUGCGAAACCGACUGCUGGAGGCGCGGGGAUGCGCUCCCUGCGGGCUCUCCGGGGAGCUCUGCACGGGCCAGGGGGCCGGCCCCCCGGGCGAGGAGGAUGGGGUCCCCUGGCUCGGGGCCCCCUCCUCACUAGGAGCGUUCGUCACCAUCUGAAUGAAGCCGCCGCGACCCAAGGCAGGGAGAUGCUGAACAGCCACCAGCCGCAGCAUCAGAAGGAACAUGAUUCAUCAGAAAGUGGGAUGCUGUCCCGCCUGGGUGACCUGCUCUUCUACACCAUUGCUGAAGGACAAGAAAGGAUCGCCAUCCAUAAGUUCACUGCUGCACUGAGAGCCACUGGGCUGCAGACAUCAGAUCCCCGGCUUCGGGACUGUAUGAGUCAGAUGCGUCGAAUGGUUCGAGAAUCCAGCAGUGGAGGUCUCUUAGACCGUGAUCUCUUUAGGAAAUGUGUGAGCAGCAACAUUGUGCUCCUGACCCAGGCAUUCCGAAAGAAGUUUGUUAUUCCUGAUUUUGAGGAGUUCACAGACCAUGUGGAUCGCAUUUUUGAGGAGACCAAAGAACGCACAGGAGGCAAGGUGGCAGCCUACAUUCCCCAACUAGCCAAGUCAGAUCCUGAUCUAUGGGGUGUCUCAUUAUGCACAGUGGAUGGACAAAGGCACUCAGUAGGACAGACUAAGAUCCCCUUCUGUCUACAGUCCUGUGUGAAGCCCCUCACUUAUGCCAUAUCUGUCAGCAACCUGGGCACUGAGUAUGUGCAUAAAUAUGUGGGCAAAGAGCCCAGUGGUCUACGUUACAACAAGCUUUCCCUCAAUGAGGAAGGAAUCCCUCAUAAUCCAAUGGUAAAUGCUGGUGCCAUUGUUGUGAGUUCUCUGAUAAAGAUGGACUGCAAUAAAGCAGAGAAGUUUGAUUUUGUGUUGCAGUAUCUGAACAAAAUGGCAGGAAAUGAAUAUAUGGGUUUCAGCAAUGCUACGUUCCAGUCAGAAAAAGAAACUGGGGAUCGGAAUUAUGCAAUUGGCUAUUAUCUCAAGGAAAAGAAGUGUUUUCCUAAGGGAGUUGAUAUGAUGGCUGCAUUGGACCUCUACUUUCAGCUGUGUUCAGUGGAGGUGACAUGUGAAUCAGGCAGUGUCAUGGCGGCUACACUCGCCAAUGGUGGAAUCUGCCCCAUCACGGGCGAGAGUGUGCUGAGUGCUGAGGCUGUUCGCAACACCCUCAGCCUCAUGCAUUCCUGUGGCAUGUAUGACUUCUCUGGACAGUUUGCCUUUCAUGUGGGCCUUCCAGCCAAAUCCGCGGUGUCAGGAGCCAUCCUGCUUGUGGUACCUAAUGUCAUGGGGUUGAUGUGCCUAUCACCUCCAUUGGACAAGGUGGGAAACAGUCAUAGGGGCAUCAGCUUCUGUCAGAAGCUGGUAUCUCUCUUCAACUUCCAUAACUAUGACAAUUUGCGGCAUUGUGCUAAGAAGCUAGAUCCUCGCCGUGAAGGAGGAGAAGUGCGGAAUAAGACUGUGGUGAACCUGCUUUUUGCUGCCUACAGUGGAGAUGUUUCAGCUCUUCGAAGGUUUGCCUUGUCAGCGAUGGACAUGGAACAGAAGGACUAUGAUUCCCGCACAGCACUACACGUGGCUGCAGCAGAAGGACACCUGGAGGUUGUCAAGUUCCUGGUGGAAGCCUGCAAAGUAAAUCCUUUUGUGAAGGAUAGGUGGGGCAAUAUUCCCUUGGAUGAUGCUGUGCAGUUUAACCAUCUGGAGGUGGUCAAACUACUGCAGGAUUACCAGGACUCCUAUACUUUGUCUGAGACGCAGGCUGAGGCAGCAGCUGAUGCCCUGUCUAAGGAAAACCUGGAGAGCAUGGUGUAAAGGGGACUACCCUCUCCUUCAAUAGGAAUGAAGUCUACCUGGCUUCAGUGAGGGAAGAGGGGAAGUCAGCUUGAUGUCUUAAGACCUGAGCCUCUUAGAGGAGUUAUCACAUCGCCCCCAACCCCUCCAUACCCUCAUCAUGAGCCAGAUUUUAUUCUCUUCCCUCCCCUUCCCCCCUCCCCCCAUUACCUUUUCAGACAAAGCCCAAAGAGGAGGCCUAGUGGCCACUAUCAGUUUUUGAAUUGGGUUUUGGCCAGAAGGCUUGGGUUUCUGUGUGGUGCAAGUAAGUAUUUUGACUCUUUUAGCAUUCCCAGAGGGUUUACCUAGGUUUCCUCUUAGUCAGUUCUCCUUUAAGUAAGUGAAUCCUUAUACAGGCUGCCUCUUCCCUCCCACACCCCCAGCCAGAGUGGCUUCAGUGCCUAUAGUGGAGGACCCUUGACACACAGCCCCUGCCCCUGCUUGCUGGAAGCCUGAAUUACAGGCUGACAGAAGUUGAAUUUGCAUAAUUUGAGAACUGUCUGUAUGGUUUCUUCUCCCCGACUCCUCGGUGGAAGAAAUAUAUUAAAGACAGGAAGUGUGCACUGAUGAAGAGCCCUGGGUUCCUACACCUCUUAAUAAGAAAACAGAGGAGAAAUGGGGAAAGCUGAGGAAACUGGUUUCAAGGAGGCUGAAGGUACUAUACCCCCUUCAGCUAGGAUAUAAUGCUGCUAAUAAUUCUUUUAUAGACAGAGAAAGUAUUUUGUGAUCAAAUAAAAUUUUAAUUACACAAAUCAAUAUUUUUGUUAAACCCAGCCCUCUCCCUUUCUCCUUUGAUGAAGGGUGUUUAGCCACCAUUAUUACAGUAGGAGAGGCUAGACAAUGUACAGAAUGUAUAUUUAUACGGUAUUAGCCAAAAUGUAUAUUUCAAAUCUUACUUUAUAGGGAAAAGGCAAAAAUCACAUUCUUAUAAUUAGGGUGAAGGGGAUAAUGAGUCCAUGACCCAAAGAAUACUAUUUGUUUUAGCAUUUGAGUUUAAAGCUGAAAAUUUCCAAGUCUCUGCCAAACAUGUUGUGACUUCCUGCCCAUUAACCCCUUUUCAAAAUUCCUAAAGGAGGGAAAUGUUUGUAAAUAUAGUACCCCCAAGAAUGCCAGUUCCCAUGACUAAUAAUCUAGCUAACCCCCAAGUUUUCUUCAUUGCCACAAUUUUAACUGAUUGAUUAGAUGUAGGAAUAUGAAGAGGCAGAAAGACUCACAGAUGGGAACAGUUUGCAGCUAUGUGGAGCUAACAGGUUAUAUGGUUAUGAAGUUGUUGGGGUCAGGGCCAUGUUCUCAGGCUUCAGCAUACUGAGUCAAUAAAGCACUUGUGUGAAUGA